AGGCAGCCAGCCUAGAAUCAUUAAUGUCGCUCGAAGAAUCGCGCCAGAUCGCAUUCGCGUGCCGAUCCCGCCUUCUGGGCUGGCCGCAUUCCGUGUCCACAAGUUUUCUCCCGCGGUUCGUCAAGGCUCGUUUUACCACUCGCCUAGUUAAAUUAUUUUUUUGGACAGUGCGUGUGGAGCACUCUGUUUGUUUUGGUUUUUAAGUAGUUGCUGUCCCUCUUUGUUUGCGAAGAGAGGUGCGUCAUUUACUUCUCAAGAGCUCGCCGUUCGCCUCAACCAUGGACGUCAACCAGGCUAAGGACAGCAACAAUGCGUACCUGUGGGUGUUCUACAGCUUUGUUUCCUUCUGCUGCACUAACUAUUGUCUAGGCUUCUUUGUGCCAAGCAAUGCAUCAAACACACCCCAUCAGGUCUGGAGAUGGAAAAAUAUUGCAAGCUCAUUGGUGCACUCUUCCAUCACUGGAAUCUGGUCUGUGAUUUGCUUCUUGCAGAUUCCCGAAAUGCAGAAUGAUCUCAUUAACGAAUUUGCUGUGUCCGCUCAGGGUGUGAUAUCCCUGUCUGUUGGGUACUUCAUCUAUGACUUUGUUGACAUGGCAAUCCAUGACCGUCGUCGCAGUACUGAGCUUCUGUUCCAUCAUGUUUUGGUGAUAACAUGCUUUGGUUUAUCCGUGUGCACUUCUUAUUAUCAAGGGUACUCACUAGUUGCCCUUCUAGUUGAGGUGAACAGCAUAUUUUUACACCUUCGUCAGUUGAUGCUUCUUUAUGGAGUUUCAAAAGGGGCCCCUAUAUACAAAGCAAACAGUGUCCUUAAUUUAGGUACCUUUGUGGUAUUUAGAGUAUUUGCAAUGGGGGGCAUGCUCCAGUGGCUGUUGUCUCACAGAUCUGAACUAACUGUAACAGUUUUUGGGCUUGGUGUAUUUUCUCUCAUUGUGAUUAUGGGAAUGAACUUCCAACUUCUGUAUCGGGUUCUGAAGAGUGACUACUUGAAGAAGUCAAAACCAACUGUCAGCAAGCUUGCGUCAAGCACUGAGGUUUCAGCUGAUGUGCCAAUCGUUCAAAAAUCAGACAGUGGUGCCCAUCCUUCAGUCCAAAACAGUAAAACUUCUGUACCUUCUUAUGAAGCUGAACUUCUGCUACCCAUUCCAAAUGGAGCAGAUAUGAAACUUGACUAAGAUUUCUUAACUUUAAGUUGCCAUGGUCAAACAAAGCACAUGAUCUGGUUUUUUUCGGGGGGGCCUUUUUUUAUAAAUAUCACUGUUCUGAUUUGAUUUUAAAAAUGGAGCUAAAUCUGCCUGCUUAAUGCUGUUAAUUCCCAUUGUGGUGAGCCCGGUUGUGGUUGAAUGACUUUCAAGAUUAGAAUUUUAGUUCCUCACAGCAUUCCUGGUGCUGAAUGCACAAAUGUAAAAGACGGGAGCAAAUAGACGUAUUUUUGUCAUCUCUAGCCUAUUCCUUUUUAGAAGAUAAUGUUUGUAAAGUUAACCUAGCUGCUCAUUUCAAGGCUGGACUGAAAAAUCAUUUAUUUUCUAAUUGUUUUGUUUUGAGAUAAGUGUAAUAGUGUGCUUGAAAAACAAAAAGAGUUUAUUUGUCUAGUCUGUAGAAGUACCUGAAUAUGUCCAUUUCAUAUAACUCAAAAGAGUUGUUAGAAUUUUGUAGGUAAUUUUAGUAAUGGUUGCCUAGGGACAGGUAAGCAGUAGAUUAUGUCAGGUUGAUGAGAGUGUUGUGCUAAUUAUGUUCUAUUUCAUGAAAUACUGAAGAUGCUCAUAUAAAAAUUCAUUUAGUUAUUCUUGCUGACCAAUGGAUUACCUCGCUAGCUUUUUUUACUAAAGCUGUAACAUUGAAGUAUUCUUGACACAAAAGGUCCAAAUCAAAAACAUUCUGAAAACUUAAGUCCCCUAACGUUUUAAGGUCAGUAUUAUUGUAUUAUUUAUGCAAGGAAUUCAUUUUAUUUUUCUACCUAGGGGAGGCUAGCACCUUGAAGUAUUCAUUUAUGCUGCCUUCACCUAACUUUAAAGUCCUAAAGAUUUUUGGGUAAAGUGUCACCCCUCCAUAAUUUAUCGGGUUUUCUCUGUCAGCAUUGUGAUUUCAGGAACCAACUAUUAUUUUAAGGAGACAUCACUGUGUUCAUAAGCUUGAAUCUAUUUUUUAAACAUCUAAGUCAUGUAAACUAACGCCUUCAUGCCUAAGUUAUAUGCACCAAGCCAUGCCUUAAUCAAUGCUCAUGUAAUCAAUCCUUGUUUAAAUUGUACAUGACAUGUUAAAUUAUAUAUUUAUGACUUGUUUCAGA